AUGUUCCAAUCAUUAAAAAAAGCAAAACAAUGUGCCAAUGUGGCAUUACAUGAUCCAAAUUUAAUUGAAAUUUCUCUAGAAUUUUAUGGAAAAGUAGCACAAUUGUUAUUACGCUAUGUAGGAAUAUCAUCACCACUUGAAGCUCGUCUACCACUAGCAUUACAAGGCCAAAUGUCAUGGCGUGCAUUACCCGAUUAUUAUCUGGAUGAUAUUUGGGAUUUUUUUCUCACAGCAGCCAUGAUGGUACCUCAAUGUUUAUCAAAACGAAGUAUCGAUGAUAUACUCACAUUAAUGUUAAUUGCUGUAUGUAGUCAAAAUUAUAUUCGUAAUCCGUAUAUUGUGGCAAAAGCUGUUGAAGUGAUGCAUUGGCUAUGUGCUCGUAGUGAUCAUCCAAUACUACGUAAUGCUACAGAAUAUUUAUUUAAUCAUUUAUUGGCUCAAGAACAUCUUGUUAAAGCAUUGACAAAAUUAUAUGCAGGCAUGUAUUACGUUGAACGUACUGGUGCAUCGAGUGAAUUUUAUGAUAAAUUUAAUAUUCGAUAUCAUAUUGAAAUCAUAUUCAAAUAUAUGUGGCGUCGACCAUCUUUUCGUCAUGUUUUUAUUACAACAGCUAGAGAUGAAAAAGAUUUCAUUCGAUUUUUAAAUAUGGCUAUUAACGAUGUUUUAUAUUUAUUAGAUGAAAGUUUACAAUUAUUGAAAAAAAUACACGAGAUUGAAAGUGCAAUGGAUCGAAAAGAGGCAUGGGAAAAUAUGCCAUCAGAAUCACGUAUGAAUAAAUUACAACAACUGAGUCAAUUUGAAGGACAAUGCAACACAUAUUUACCACUUGGAAUGGAGACACUCAAUAUGCUUGAAUAUUUGAGUGGGGAUGUACCAAACCCAUUUUGUUCGCCAGAUUUAAUUGAUCGUUUAGCAGCAUUUUUAAAUUUUAAUUUAAAUGAAUUAUCCGGUCCCAAUUGUAUAAUGUUAAAAAUUAAAGAUCCAUUAAAAUGUUCAUUUGAUCCUAAACGUUUAUUAGAAAAAAUUGUUGGCAUUUAUAUUAAUUUGGCACAUGAUGAUCGUUUUGCCGAAGCUUUAACACGUGAUGAGCGUUCAUAUCGUGCUAGUUUAUUUUCGAGUGCUAUUGAAAAAAUUCAAAAACGACAUAUAACAACAUCAUCCAGAAUGGAAACAUUACUACAAUUGAGUUAUCGUGUAAAACGUAUUGCUGAAGAGAAAGCACGUGAAGAAAUGGAUUUAUCUGAUGCUCCCGAUGAAUUUCGUGAUCCACUCAUGUGUACAGUGAUGACAGAUCCCGUUUUACUUCCCAGUGGUGUUGUGAUGGAUCGUUCAGUUAUUAAUAAACAUUUACUUAAUUCACUAACUGAUCCUUUUAAUCGUCAACCAUUAACCGUUGAUCAAUUAAUACCAGCUACAGAUAUCAGAGAACAAAUUGAAAAUUGGAUGAGAGAUAAAAAAAAUAGAACAGUUUAA